CCACAAAAUUUUUUGUAAACCCACUGUCAAAUGAGGAGUACCAAAUAAUUCUCACAGGAUAUGCCAUUUUCCAUCAAAAUUACUACAUAUUAUAUAAUAUGUUUUUGACAAUUCCACUUUACUUUUCUUGCAGAAGCGGCACAUAUCCAUUAUUCAUUAUCAUCCUUACCUGCCGUCGCCGGGAUGGAAAUGCGUCAUCGGAAAAUGCUUUUCCCGGCGACCCGCUUCACUUUUUUCUUCUUAGUUUACCUCCUUUUAUCCCCUUCCCUUUCCUCUUCCUUCCCCUUUCACAAGCGCAAGCAUCACAAAAUCGAUGGACCCAUCAAGACCCUUGUCGUUCUGGUCAUGGAAAACCGCUCCUUUGAUCACAUCCUAGGUUGGCUUCACAAGACCCGACCGGAUAUCGACGGCCUGAACGGCUCCGAGUUUAACCGGGUCAAUGCCUCCGACCCUUCUUCCCCGAAAAUCUUUGUCUCCGAUGAUGCUGUCUUCGUUGACUCCGACCCGGGUCACUCCAUUCAAGCUAUUCGAGAGCAGAUAUUCGGGUCCAAUGAUUCCUCCGCUAACCCGGCUCCCAUGAACGGGUUCGUGCAGCAGGCUCUCAAUAUGGGCGUCCCUUAUAUGGAGAAAACCGUGAUGAGCGGGUUUAAACCGGAGUUGUUACCGGUGUACAGAGAGUUAGCGAAUGAGUUCGGGGUGUUUGACCGGUGGUUCGCGUCGGUUCCGGCUUCAACUCAGCCGAACCGGUUUUAUGUUCACUCGGCAACUUCUCACGGAGCUUCCAGCAAUGUCCGCAAAGAUUUAAUCCACGGGUUCCCUCAAAAGACCAUCUUCGAUUCUUUAGACGAAAAUGGCCUCUCUUUUGGAAUUUAUUACCAAAACAUCCCAGCUACGUUUUUUUUCAAGUCACUGAGAAAACUCAAACACAUUUUUAAGUUUCAUGAUUAUGCAUUGAAGUUCAAACUCCAUGCUAAACUUGGGAAACUACCAAAUUACGUGGUGAUUGAACAGAGAUACUUUGAUAUUAAACUUGACCCGGCUAAUGAUGACCAUCCAUCACACGAUGUAGCACUUGGACAGAAAUUUGUGAAGGAGGUUUAUGAGACUCUGAGGGCGAGUCCACAGUGGAAAGAAAUGGCACUGUUGAUUACAUAUGAUGAACAUGGCGGGUUCUUUGAUCAUGUACCGACUCCGGUAUCUGGGGUGCCUAAUCCUGAUGGGAUUAUAGGGCCUCCUCCAUAUUACUUCAGAUUUGAUCGCUUGGGUGUGCGUGUUCCUGCUUUCUUGAUUUCCCCAUGGAUUGACAAAGGCACUGUGAUCCAUGAAGCAAAUGGUCCAACCCCAUCUUCACAAUUUGAGCACUCUUCCAUACCAGCAACUGUGAAAAAACUUUUUAAUCUGAAGUCGAGUUUCUUAACCAAACGAGACGCAUGGGCUGGGAGCUUUGAGAACUAUUUCCGCCUGCGUAAGACUCCCCGUGAUGAUUGUCCAGAGAAACUUCCGGAGGUGAAGACAAAUCUAAGACCAUGGGGACCAAGAGAAGAUGUAAAACUCUCUGAAUUUCAAAUAGAAAUGAUCCAGCUUGCUUCACAGCUUAAUGGUGAUCAUGUGCUCAAAAGCUACCCUGAUAUUGGACGGAACAUGAAUGUUGGUGAAGCUAAUCGAUACGUAGAGGAUGCAGUCAAUAGGUUCUUGGAAGCUGGUAGGGCUGCUCUAAGAGCUGGAGCAAAUCAGUCUGCCAUUGUUACGAUGAAACCAGCCCUAACUAGCCGAGCAUCAGAGGGAGGAUUCAACAAGUACCUGGAAGCCUACUAAUUUGGUUUAUGGGUCUUGUAAGUACUGCCCGAUUAUAUAUGUAUAUACAUUAUGUUGUAUGUGAUCCACGUUCCUGCAUAACGAACAACACUUGCCAUCAAUUGUCCUUCCAAUGAUAAAUACAUUAUAUUAUAGUCUUUAGGAGCAAUGCUCGUUAAAAAAAUUAGGAAAGCUUCUUCUUCUCAA